UAUAUCAAUGGACUUCUUGCCGAGUAUGCAAAGCCAUUGGACAAAGAAUUCCAUUCUCCUAGAGAUGCACAUGGACAUGGUACUCAUACUUUAAGCACUGUAGCUGGUUCUUUUGUGGCUAACAUUAGCUACAAGGGCCUUGGUCUUGGUACAAUUAGAGGUGGUGCUCCAAAUGUUCGGUUGGCCAUUUACAAGGUUUGUUGGAAUGUGCUUGGAGGCAAAUGCUCAACAGCUGAUAUGUUGAAAGCUUUUGACGAAGCAAUACACGAUGGGGUUGAUGUGUUGUCAUUAUCACUUGUGAAUUAUGUUCCCCUCUUCUCAGAUGUUGAUGAGCGUGAUGGCAUUGCAACUGGUUCGUUUCAUGCUGUGGCUAAAGGGAUUACUGUUAUGUGCGCAACUAGAAAUAAUGGAUCUUCAGCACAUUAUCCAUGUAAUGAAGACUUUCCAUGCAUUGAAGUUGACUAUGGGAUUGGCACUCGAAUUCUAUUUAUAUCCGGUCUACCAAGAUAUCCUCUUGUAAAGUUGAGCCCUCCUAAAAUGAUUGUGGGCAAACCACUAUCUGCAAAGGUGGCUUAUUUUUCCUCUAGGGGGCCAAACUCCAUUACACCAACAAGUCUCAAGCCAAAUAUAGCCGCGCCUGGUGUGAACAUACUAGCAGCAACUUCUCCAUUUUAUUCAUUCACGGAGGGUGGAUAUGCCAUGAUGUCUGGAACAUCAAUGUCAACUUCUCAUGUCACAGGCAUUGUGGCACUUAUCAAGAGAAUGCAUCCUAAUUGGUCUCCAGCAGCCAUCAAGUCAGCAAUAAUCACAACUGCAUGGAGGAACGGCCCAUCUGGUUUACCGAUAUUUGCUGAAGGAUCUCAUCAAAAGUUGGCAAAUUCAUUUGACUUCGGAGGUGGUCUGGUGAAUCCCAAUGGCGCAGCAGAGCCUGGACUAGUAUACGAUAUGGGCGCAGCCGACUACAUGGAAUAUCUUUGUGCAAGGGGGCACAACAACUCUGCCAUCUCUCGGCUUAUAGGGAAAAUCACAACGUGUCCCGUGAAGAAGCCCUUUAUCCUUGACGUUAACCUACCUUCCGUCACAAUACCUAGUCCGAGAAAUCCCAUCACAGUAAAAAGGACUGUAACAAAUGUUGGAGCCCCUGAGUCCAUUUACAAAGCUACCAUUGAACCUCCAUUCGGUACAAUUGUAUAUGUGAACCCUACUGCUCUGGCCUUCAAUUCCACAGUUGAAAAACUCACUUUCACAAUCACAAUCUCCGCAAUCCACGAGAUGAACACUGGUUACUAUUUUGGAAGCCUUACUUGGGUUGACGGAGUGCAUGCCGUGAGGAUCUCUUUGUCCGUGAAAACUGAGUUCUUACAACCUCAUGAUGAUGAUGAAGACUAA